GGCGGCCCCGGGACUGUUACUAUAGACCGACCUGCGCUUGAGGCCUCCGAGCCCUGCAGAGGAGCAAGCUGCCUUGGUCAUAGGGGGAGCAUUACGAUCUCCCCUACAUUUUCUCUGCUAAAGAGAGCCCAGAAGCGUCUCCACGACUUCCCAGGUUUUCCAGCACCGAAUUUACUUCGGCAUCUAGGGCUGCAAAAGGCUCUACCUGAGCUCAUAAGCCCACAUUCCUCGAACCCCCUCUAACCGGGGCUUGAGUUUCUAAGCUUGCUAUGGGUUACUGAGAACUUGCCCAUAUUUCUUUCAUCCCAACCCCGUCCCUUCUACUUCCUUUCGCCCUCAUCUUCGAACUCCCCAUCUAAUUGCAUCCCCUGUCCCACUGUCAACUCCUCAGAAUUGAUUGGUUCAAUUCGCAAGCGCACCCAGCAGUGGGAGAUACAGAUCACAAGACUGGAUGUCAUUUGCAUUUUCUGCCGCCCUGGACCACGUAUCUUUGUGAACAGGUCGGGCCGAGGGACGGGUUGAACAGAGGGGAGACCCAAAGCGUAGAGUCAUGGCUGAACUUCAGGCAGCCCUUUCCGCUGGGGACUGGGAGAUAGACGUGGAGAGCCUAGAGCUCGAGGAAGAGAGUCAGGGUGCGCAGAUGCCGCCGCCGUCGCCGCUGCUGCCGGCACAUCUCCAGCAGCCGCGUGGGGCUAUCUCCCUGCCAACCGGCGGGGAAGGGGAGGACGAGGAAGAGGACGAAGACGAGGAAGAGGAGGAAGAUGAAGGAGAGGAGGAAGGAGAAGGGGAAGACGAAGGGUCAUCCCCUGGGGAGCCAGACCCAUCGCUGCAGCGGGCUCAACUGCAGGGUCGGGCGCCACGACCGCAGCCAUCCCAGCAGUUGCUGCAGGCGCAGCCAGAGGCGGCGGGACAGGCAGAGGGAGGGGGCAGCUGUGUCAGAGGCGGGGGCGAGCAGCGGAAGCUUAGCCGCACGCCCAAGUGCGCCCGCUGUCGAAACCACGGCGUGGUGUCCUGCCUGAAGGGCCACAAGCGCUUCUGUCGUUGGAGGGACUGCCAGUGUGCCAACUGCUUGUUGGUGGUAGAGAGACAGCGAGUCAUGGCGGCUCAGGUGGCGCUUCGCAGGCAGCAGGCCACUGAGGACAAGAAAGGGUUCUCUGGGAAACAGAAUAAUUUUGAACGCAAAGCAGUCUACCAAAGACAAGUCCGGGCACCCAGUUUGCUGGCCAAAAGCAUUUUGGAAGGCUAUCGCCCCAUUCCAACAGAGACUUACUUAGGAGGGACUUCCCCUCUGCCUCCUCCGGUGAGCGACAGGAUGAGAAAAAGACGAGCAUUUGCUGAUAAAGAAUUAGAGAAUAUUAUGCUAGAGAGAGAAUUUAAAGAGAGAGAGAUGAUGGAAGCCACUCAAGCUGCUGCCUUAUUUCUGCCUAACCGCAUGGUGCAUGGACCUGAAUAUAACACUUAUAAAACUGCCUAUAGCCCGACUCCAGUGGAAACUCCAAGCAAGGACUUUUGCAAUUUUUUGCCUACCUGUCUUGAUCUAACAAUGCAGUAUUCUGGAUCUGGGAACAUGGAACUGAUUUCUUCUAAUGUCAGUGUGGCCACGACCUACCGGCAGUACCCUUUGUCUUCCCGGCUCUUAGUCUGGCCCAAGUGUGGCCCCAUUAGUGAUGCUCUUCUUUACCAACAGUGUCUCCUAAACGCAACCACUUCGGUACAAACUCUGAAACCUGGGGCCAACUGGGAUUCUAAGGUAUCCCAAAUUCAAGAUGGACAAAAUGCAGAGCACAGCAUGAUGUCACCCAAAAUGGAAAACUCUUCAUUGUUGCCUCCUGCUCAUGAGAUCCAAGCCUCCAGGAAUGAAAUUCAGUGUGCCCUUCAAGAAGUGCGGGAAAGAUCAGCUUUCUCCCCUCCCAAAAGAAAUUUUUCACAGAUCUCUGAUAAGGACUCUGUGUCUCCUCAAGAGCAUGUCUUAAACAAGAUCAGCAAAGAAAGCAGCAGGCACCCUGUGCCACUCAAGUAUAAUCCAUUCCACUCAUUAUUUCAGCAAACACUUAAUGACAAAUCAGGACCUGAGUUAAAAACCCCAUUUGUCAAAGAAUCCUUUGAAGAAGCAGCUAAGAAGCACAGAGAGUAUUCAAUCAAAGAGAACCAGAAAUACAAAUUUACAAUAGACAGAUAUGCAAAAGACUUUUUUGCAGCCAAACAAGUUGGAGCAAAACUUUCCACAAAUGAACCACUGUCAUUUUCUGUUGAGUCUAUUCUAAAGAGGCCUUCAUCUGCUGUCACUCACGUCUCUCAAUGAACUACUGCUUAAAGGAGAGUUUUUAAACUUUUGGCAACUUGCAGAACUUUUGCCAGCUCCACUUUUAAUGAAAAAAAUGUACAGAGAACUGAUGAUGUAAAUGAUGAUUUUAAAAUAUUUUCAUAUGUAUGCAUGUGCCUUUCCCCAUUCAAAUAAAUAUAUUUAAGUCUAAAGACUGACCACCCACUCAGAUGCAAACUGUAAAGUGCUCUGUUCUACAUAGCAUUGGAAAAACAACAAUAAAAAUGAAAUUGUAUAUGAACA